UUAUUUAUUAUUUUUGAGAGAGAAAGACAGCAUGAGCAGGGGAGGGCGGGGGCGACAAAGAAUCGGAAGCAGGCUCCAGGCUCUGAGCUGUCAGCACAGAGACCGUCUUGGGGCUCGAAUUCACAAACUGUGAGAUCAUGACCUGAGCCGAAGUCACGGAUGAUGCAAAAGAGAUACAGAUGCCCAGCCUCCUUCCAGAUAUUAUGAUUCUUUUGGCCUGGGCUGAGGACCUCACAUCUGUAUUUUUUAAAGUCUUCUAGAUUGGAUUAGGGUUAAGAGCCACCAGUUAGCAGUUCCUUGGUUUUCUGAGACUGCUUCAAGGGCUGAUGGGAAUCGAGCCUCUAGUAUCAUUAUCUUGAAUGUGCAGUGGCACUUCAUGGGAAUUAUAGUUCAUCUCUUCCAGGAAUCUAUGGGAAUUGUAAUCUGGUUCUGCCCUCCUCUUCCAACCUUGCAACCCAACUCCACCCCACAACCCCCUAACAGGGCUGCACUGACCAUGCUCCGCUUGCAGCCUUAUUCUCCCCUUGCAGUCUGCCAGUUUUCUCAGUCGGAGACAGCCCCUUUGAGGAUACUCCCCUGGAUCAAAGCCACUACUGGCCAUCCCGAAGCCAGACCUGGCACCCCAAGCACCACUGAAGAACAGAAGGGAGCCUCCCCAACACCCACCCUGGUUGACAGCCGGGAGUCCGUGGUGGCCAAGUACAUAAACCGGUUCCGCCAGGCUCAGCCUACAAGCAGAGAGGAACGCCAGCCUGCAGGCCCAGCUGACUUUUGGUGGCUGCGGCCUGAAUCUCCAGACACCAACAGUCGACUUGCAGCAGUCAACUGGGGCUUCUCAGCAGGAGCCAGUGAACCAGAAGGAAGACCCGACAUAGCAGUCUCAACUCUUGCCAAGGUGACGAGCACAUCUCAGGCUAAGGCUGUGGCCCCCCUUCAGGAAAUGAAGCAGAGCCUCAGCACGUGGAACUCACCCCUGCUGGACCUGGAGACGCUGAGCCUGCAGAGCAGAGCUGCCAGGCUGCUCAAACGCAGCAAGGCCUCAGUCUCCUCCUCCUCACUCAGCCCUAGCGAUGCCAGCGGCUCCUCAUGCCCCGUCAGCUCUGAUGGCCUCUCUCCCUUCUCCAUGACCUUCACCCCUGACUCCAGCAAGGGCUCUGACCCCAAGGCACACGGAACACCAGCACAUGCCCCCAUCCCUGCUCCAGCCCCGAUCUCCUCCCAGGCACCCUUGCGUCCAGAGGAUGACAUUCUAUACCAGUGGCGGCAGCGGCGGAAGCUUGAAAGGGCUCGAGGAGGGCAGGGUGAUGGAACCUGGGUGCUACCCCAGACUCCUGCCCUCACCACUCCAGUCCCUGUCCCUGUUUGUCGACAAGCUCCCGCUGCCCCUGCAGAGUCCCUUGCUUCCUUGGGAACCCAGCCUAAUUGCGUCCCACUUUGGAGCAGUGUAACCCGGCCUGGUCCCCUGGAGGCCUUCUAUAUGGAGAGGCCUCCUAUUCCGCCAGGGUUCUCUCCACACAUCUUUUGGGGCCCCAGCCCCCAUGGGUUCUUCUGGGCCCCGCAGCCUGGUCCCUGGGUACCUCUCGGGGCCAUUCCUCCCACGCCCUUCGCCUCUACCCCUGCGUCUCCGGGUUCCACUCCGGUGCCCCAGGCCUCCACCGCGGCACCUUCAGCCUCCACCUCCCCGCCCCCAGCCGCCCCCCAGGAUCCGCCCGCUCUUGCCCCAAGCUGCCCCGCCCAGCCUGAGAAGCAGGGCCCCAAGCCUGGGAGUGGCAGAGCCCGGCGCCGGGAGUCCGCUGGGAGAGUCACGGCAGCUGACGAGGGUCCUGGCCUGCAGCUCAGAGGCGCCCUGGGCCAGGUAGUAGCCGCGCGGCUUUUCCCGGACAGCCUGGAGGACACGCCCCCUCACCUUGAGGGCCCACCUCUGGCAGAAACUGAAUCUCAGAAAGUCAAGGCCACACAGCCCCAAACCAAGGUUACACCCCCUCUAUCUGGAUCCCAUUUUCCCAAAGAACAGACCCCGCCUAGUCGGUCUAAAGCAGAGUCUCGGAUUGCCAAGGCCAAGCUCCCCCUAGCGAUGUCGGAGCCGAAGAAGGACAAAGACACUCCCUUGGCUGAAGCUGGGUAUCUGAAACCCAGAGUCCCGCCCCCUCCAGCUAAGGAGGUGUCCGCUUGCAUCGAGGCCCCGCCCCCUUCCCUCAGGGCGGGGUCUCUGGAGGCGGUGGCUACGCCCCCGUCCGCUGCUGACCACGCCUCCUCAGAUCUGCUCUGCCAGGCCGCCCGACUUCUAGAGGCUGCAGAGGACUCUGACGGCAGCGAGUUCCAGGACGACACUGUACUGCAGGUGCUAAGAGUUAAGAGGGCCGAGCUGAGGCUGCAAAAAAGGAAAGUGGCCGCGCAGUUAUCGCUCUUACUGGACCACACUGAAGACCAAGCGACUUGGUCUCCUCCAACCAGAUCACCUUCCAGGUCCCCAGAGAGGCGACUGCAAAAGGAAGGAGCUUCUCUUGAGACCAGACGACGCUGAAUUAUACAAAUUGUAUUUUUCCCAAUAAAAUAUUUUUUUCAAGUUA